AUGGAGCUGAAGUACGUGGGGGGAGUCUACGGGGGGAACAUUAAGCCCACACCGUUCCUGUGCUUGACGCUGAAGAUGCUGCAGAUCCAGCCCGAGAAGGACAUCAUCGUGGAGUUCAUAAAGAACGAGGACUUCAAGUACGUCCGAAUGCUGGGAGCGCUGUACAUGAGGCUGACAGGCACUGCCAUCGACUGCUACAAAUACCUGGAGCCACUGUACAAUGACUACCGAAAAAUAAAGAGUCAGAACAGAAAUGGGGAAUUUGAGCUGAUGCACGUGGAUGAGUUUAUUGAUGAGCUGCUCCACGAGGAACGUGUGUGUGAUAUCAUUCUGCCUCGGCUGCAGAAACGCUAUGUUCUGGAAGAAGCUGAGCAGCUCGAGCCUCGUGUCAGUGCUCUGGAAGAAGACAUGGACGAUGUAGAAUCUAGUGAGGAGGAGGAAGAGGAAGAUGAAAAGCUGGAACGAGUCCCAUCUCCUGACCACCGCCGCAGGGGAUACCGAGAUCUGGACAAGCCGCGCAGAUCUCCGGUGGUGCGGUACAGGCGGAGCCGGAGCAGGUCUCCAAGGAGGCGAAGCCGCUCUCCCAAGAGGAGGAGCCCGUCCCCGCGCAGGGAGAGGCAUCGCAGCAAAAGCCCCAGACGACACCGGAGCAGAUCCAGGGAGAGGCGCCACAGAUCCAGAUCCAAAUCUCCAGGGCAUCACCGAAGUCACAGACACCGAAGUCACUCCAAAUCCCCGGAAAGGUCUAAGAAAAGUCACAAGAAGAGUCGGCGAGGGAAUGAAUAA